AUGUCCAGAGACUCAAUUGUCUGUUAUGCAGUUGUCCGGGACGCAAAUGUCCACUCUCUCUUUUUAUUUUUCCCAUGCCGUUUUCAUCGUCUUUCUAUUCUUUCUAUUUUCUCUUUCCUUCUUUCCUUCUUUCUUUCUUUUUCAUUUUCUCUAUCUUAUUCUUCUACCUUUCUUUCUUUCUUUCUUUCUUUCUUUCUUUCUUUCUUUCUUUCUUUCUUUCUUUCUUUUGUAUUUCUUUUUCUUCUGUCUUUUCUAUGCUUCUCAUCCAACCCCUUCCUUGUUUUCAUUUUUUUGCUCUUCUUUUUUCUAACUUUUACUAUCUAUCUAUCUAUCUAUCUAUCUAUCUAUCUAUCUAUCUAUCUAUCUAUCUAUCUCAGUAUGUUCAUUAUCUAUCUAUCUAUCUAUCUAUCUCAGUCUGUUUAUUAUCUAUCUAUCUAUCUAUCUAUCUAUCUAUCUAUCUAUCUAUCUAUCUAUCUAUCUAUGUCUUUCUUCAUCUCUUUCUUGCUUAUUACUUCUUCUCAUAUUUUCUCCCUCUUAAUUUUUUACUCUUAUAAUAUCUCUCCCACUUUCUCUUCCAUUUUAUUCCUCUCUCUUUCUCCUAUUUUCUUUUAA